AUGACGAGGAACCACCUUCACUCCACCGCUCCCGUCUUUCUGAUGCUGCUGGGACCGUGGUGCGGAGUCCUUGCAGCUCCAUGUCCAUCAGGAGAGGAGUGUGGGUGUCUGCAGUGUCCUGCUGGACAGGAACCAUCCACGGCAUGCAGUGAGGUGGUGACUCCUGACCCGCUGGUGGAGUGUCGUAGUUGCCCAGCUGGCAGCUUCUCAGACUCGUACGGUCCAGAUCAGUGCAGAGCACACACAGUGUGCAGGAACCUGAACCGCCGACUGGUGGUCGCCGGCACCUCACUGUCGGAUGCAGUGUGUGGAUCCUGUCUGGCCGGGUUUCAACCAUCAGACACACCCACUUCCUUCACCCUGACAUCCUGUGUGAGGAGGUCCUGGCUGCGUUUGAGACGUAACACGGGUAAGGGCAACCGAUCUGGUGGAACUGGAGUGGACGGGGCAGCAGCAGGUGGGACUAACAGCACUGCGGUGAAGGCGGCGGAGGAGAAGCACACAGAGUAUGCCGUGUUCGCUCUCGUCCCUGUGUUCUGUGUGAUGGGACUGCUGGGGAUCCUCAUCUGUAACUUGCUGAAGAAGAAGGGAUACCACUGUACUGGUGAUAAGGAGAACGCAGAGGGGCAUGGAGGAGCUCUGCAGAAAGAAGGUAACACGUACGGUGAAGAUGGUGAAACUGAGGACACCAUAAGUGCUCUGGUACGCCUCAUCACAGAGAAGAAAGAAAAUGCGGCUGCUUUGGAAGAGUUGUUUCUGGAGUAUGAGAAGAAACAGCCAUCCGUUAGCAAAGCCCCAUCCUUCAGGUUUCCCGGCCUACCCAACUUUCGUUCUUUGCCCCGGCUUUGUACCCACCAUCACCACCCCCACACCAUAAACGGUUUGGCCCCUCUAACUGGUCUCGGCUGUUCGCGCUGCAGUCAGAAGAAAUGGCCUGAACUCCUGACGCCUCUCACCUUGGACACACAAACGACUUCCUUCACCCCAUCCGUACCCUCUUCACCCGCAGUGGGCACCGUUCACAAUAUAGGAAGGUUUCAAGUGGCUCAGAUUCCCGAGGGUGACACGAUCUCCGUGGUGACGACCCCGGCGGAGUCGAGUGACACCGAUUCGUUAUACUCUACCAACACAGAACCUGCUGAGGAGGCAUUACUGCUGGGUGCAUCAUCAAUUUCAUACUCCGCCUCUUCGAAGAGUAAACAGGAUAUGAACGCCUGAAACAAGAAGUGAGAAAAGAAGAGAAGAGUCCAUCAGGAGUGUGUCAUCAUUUCAGGCACAUCCCGAUCAACCGGCUGCAUAGAAAGAAUCCGGGCUGGAGCAGGAUGAGCAUCAUAUUUACCCCUAUGGGGAGUUAGCCUUGAAUUCCAGAAAACAGGAAUCUAUUUAUGAGGAAAUGCAUGGCAUCCUGGCACAAUGCAAACAACUUAAACAAGCUUUUUUUACUUCGUUUACAGUGAAACCACUGACCCAGUUGAAAUGUUUAAAGAAUCAUGUGCUAACAGCUUGAAGAUUUGAAUAUAAUCAUGACCAGCUGAUGACGUACCACUAAAUAUCCCUACACUGACAUGCACAGACGUCUGAAACAGGGUUCCUUACACGUCCCUGUGUUUAUCUUCCAACCUCAAACUGGUACAUCAUAGAACGUCCCCAAAACAGCUCUGCAAAUGAACUGAUAUGCUCUAUGUUUAGCGUAGUAUGUAGGCUUGUAUUAACCAUGUGUUAAGUUUUUUUCUCUGAGAAUAACUGGAA